ACCAGCCCAUCAAAAAACCAAAUUCAUAGCAUCAAAAUGCACGGCCUUGUUGUAGCGAAUACGGUGGUGGCUGCGACGGCUUGUUCGGUGUGGGAUAUCUAUAGCAGCCUUCAAGUCGUCACAAUUAUAAAUACAUUUCUGCCAGAUGUACUUGGAACAGUAAAAGUCCUUGAAGGUGAUGGACAAGUUGGCACACUUCUAAACGUUACAUUUCCACUAGGAACUCCUGGAGUUGGUAAUAUGAAGGAAAAAAUUACAAAGGUUAAUUAUAAGAAGCGUGAGAAGGAAACACAAACCAUUGAAGGAGGAUUUUUAGCACUGGGCUUCAAACGCUAUAUAACUCAAUACAAAAUUAUUGAGAAUAAUUUUACAUCAAGUAUUAUAAGGUCAACAAUAAAGUAUGAGGUUGAUGAUAAAUUAUCAAACCUUGCUUCUAUAGUGAACACCAAGCUAGUGGAAACACUAGCAGAAACCGUUGGGAAGUACCUGACUACGAAGAAAGCUUCUCCUUAGAAUCUACAAAAGGAAUUCGGCUAUUGUGUUGUAUUCUUUAAGUCUAGUUUAUAAGGUUUUCGUAUCUGGUUUACAACUUUCAUGUUUGAAUUUACAAAUUGUAUGUUGAUUUAUUUUACUGUAAUAAAACUAAUA